AAUCUACUUGCCGUCGCGCGCCGUCGCCCGCCUACCAACUGUCAUCGUACAUUGCUAACCGAUCAGGCGACAGCAAUAUGGCACCUCCGGGGCCCCCGCCGUACACGCACGAACAAAUCACUGCGAUGACCUCACAGGAGGAACGAAUACGCGCCUAUGCAGAGCUCAAGAGUUAUAUUGCGCGCCUGAAGAAAGAGAAAGAAGAGCGCGAGAAUGCACAGGCCAGAGGGUAUUCUCCCAAUCCAUACCACAACGCUUUUCAUCGAAAGCGAGGUGGCUAUGGUCAUGGUUUCGCCAACAGAUCUUAUCAUCCAUACCAGCGCCCGAUUACACACAAGCCCAUAGAUGCGACCAAGUCUCGAGAGGCAAGCGAUAGUGAAAGUCCGUCGAAGCAACCACCAAACAGGACCGCCUCGACGAACGAUCAUUCAACGGAUCUCCAGAAUCUUUGUCGCACGUUCACUUCCACAGGUGUGUGCUCACGGCAUGGGUGUCCUUACGUCCAUGAUCCAGACAAGCAAGCUGUGUGCAAACGCUGGUUCUACAAAGACGCCUGUCCCAUGGGGGAGCAGUGCUCUCUAUCACACGAGGCCUCGCCACACAAUGCGCCUACUUGCUUGCAUUUCCAAGCUGGUCGAUGUGCUAACGAUGGCUGUCGCUUCGCUCAUGUUCGCACUAAUCCCGCUGCGCUGAACUGCGAAGCGUUCGGAAACUUCGGCUACUGUGAGAAGGGAGACAAGUGCGCUGAACUACAUGCACAUGAGUGCCCUAGUUUUGCCAACACAGGAACAUGUCGCUACGGCGAUGAAUGCCGUCUGGGACAUGUUCGCCGUGCUUCUCGAAUGAGAAAGCCCACGCGUUUCUCUUCACCAGCAGGCUCUCCUUCGUCGAAUACGCCUAAUCGUUCCAGAACCCCCGAGGAUAUGGUGACUGUCGAGAAUAACUUGGGGCAGAUUACACCAAAGGCCGGCGCUGACCAUGAGCCUCUUCAGUUCACACAGCAGGCAGACUUCGUUCCCUUCGAUGCAGACCAGUGAGCAAGGUCUGGUGAUGCCUGGAUACUGUAUGUUUCCCCUUGCUCUGUUUCCAAUUUGGGCCACCCUAAUUGUUUCUCUUCAAGUCUCAUGUUUGUGUAUCUCAUAACCUGGUAGGUUUUCGUCCUGAUGGCGUUCAGCUCGUCUUGACUGUUUAGGGAUGGCCUUGGCUUUUCAGGGUUCUUUUCAGUGAUACCCCUUCGUGCGAUUUUCUAUGCUGUCUUUUCGUUUCUUUUCAAGGGGCUGUACCCUAUGCACAUGUUUCAACGAAUCAAAGAAAGAAAGAAAGAAGUCAGUAAAACACAUGUAACGAGAAAAAGAAUGAAAGUAUACAAA